UCUUAGGCUGCCAGCCAUCUCUAUUAAAACAGCGCAGCUCUUUGUCCGUCCGGCUGCACACAGAACAUAAUACUGCGUUCUACUGCUAAUUCCAAUGCUGGUGCACAAUUCGCUCUUCCCGUCUUUACCUACGAGUUCUCAUCAGUCCAUAAACUCCACUUCAUGUUCCUCUGAAACUAGCUGUCCUCCUUUUUCCUCCACUCUGUCCCACUUGUCCAGCCCACCUCCCUCCACUCAACGUACAUUUACUCUGCGCACCCGAAGCGAUCAAUGAUUUCCAUUGAUAACAGAGUGAUUCACAUCCUGUUAACUCUGGAAACAAGAGGUGAUAACAAAAACGGUGAUGCCCAUAGUUGUAAAUUAGGGGGGGAGCGGGGUUGACCCCCUCCCCAAUAAUCAAAACCAGCCAAUGCAACCCCUUGGACCCCCUUAAAUGGGUGCAGGAGGCCUCAACCCAAAGUUAUGCCCUUGGUGAUACCAGUGUAUACGAUACCCUUGAGAUGUGUAUUGUACAUGGGGCAUUAGGCAAUCCCAUCAUUGUGAGAAAUAUACACAGUGGGUCACGUGUAAAGAAGUAUGUUAUGAUCUUUAGUAAUGUUAACUGUAUAAAAAAAGAAGGGUACGUUUGCUUCACUAUGCGUCCUUUGGCGGAAUUAAAUUUCUCUUCCUUUUUCUUUUUUCUCAUGGAUCUGAAAUUAGGGCCAGCAGUGCAACAAAGUUCAACGCCUUGUUGCGCAAAAAGAUGCUCUGAUAAUUUUCAUAAUGAAGGAAAGCGAGGCGCGGGAUUUUAAGGUACGGCAGGUUGUGCAACAGCAGUUAAGGUCAACAGCACCUUAACAUUUGCUGAGUUAAUUGCAACCUCAAUCAAUAUUACCAUAUAUCGUUAAAAUAUAUGUAACAGUCCGACGGGGUAUUAUGUAAUGACUGGGCGACUAAUAGCUUGGAACGAUUUGUUAGAUCCAUUAGUAUAUUAUCCUGAACGGCUCCUAAUUUUGUAAUAAUUUUGGUUUAAAAACAAAUAAACACAAAUGAAUGAUAAUUCAACGAAAUGAAUCAAUUGCGAUAAGCACUAACUGAUCAGCAAUACAUAGUCCAUAAAUCCCUAAGUCAGAGACGUGAGAUUCCCGUUAAUUUUAUUAAAUUGUUUUUGUAAAUGCCUUAUAGCUUUAUUUCAAGACCUACGACAUCUGUUAUCUUAGCGAUAACACAGGCGUAAAAUCGUGUUGCUGUAAAUGUUCCAGUCCCACAGAAACCUCAGUGAGCCAAAUGCACUACAAAGGGAUUCUCUUUGCCUAAGUCAUGUUAUACGUACCAGCGCAUUCAAUAAGCGUCUGUGCAGAUACACAUUCAAAGUUUGCUUCAUUUAGGUCUAAACGACCUGUAAUUAUCGACACACGUAAUAAAUUAAUUAAUGAGGUAAUGUAGAUUUUCCUCGAACUUAUUUCUUUUGCACAAAGGCCUAUUUUCUCUCACCCCGAUACCCAGACCAGGACAAGCGGUUAGAAGAUUGGCGGAUGGAUUGAUUAAUUCAUAUUUUCGCUUAGCUUUGGACUAAUGUUUUUUUGUUGUUGUUUUUUUUUAAAGUUUAAGUUCUCACGGCGUAGAUUUUAAUUAUACAAUGUGCUACUUUGUGUUUUAGGGAGGGUAAAAAAAACGUUUUAAAUCUGUAGUCGUCGAUCAUAAAAUGUUUGAUUUCUGAUAGAGAUUCCAUAAUAAUCAAUGUAUAUGUCAUCCAUUCACAGAAUUACCUUUGUGAAUGUCAUGUAACCUGCCAUUUUGUAAAGCGUUAAACUUAAACCACUUGGAGUGUCUGUCACAUCAUUCCGCCGGUGUCUAGCUAUGCACCUUGUCUGUAAUGCAUUAAUAAUUUAUAGUCACUUAAUAGCAGGUGCUAUCCUUCAUCUGUCUUCAAGCUAAGCUCUCGUUCAGUAUAAUGUGACUGAUACAUCAUAAAUUGUAUACACAAAAAAUGUGUCGGAAUUUAAGUCCGGAGAAAUUCUGAUUGCAUCUAGAUAGCCUGCAAUGUUUUUUCUUGUAACAUAAUGGAAUGUAACAAUCAAUCCGUAUUAAGCUGCACCCCAUCACAUUCGGAACAAUACUAAAUAACUUAAUUCUUGAAAUAUCUACCGCCAAUUGCAGGUCGAGACUUUUCUGUUUUAUCUGAAGCACGAUUUUAUAGAGCGCAGUUACAAUUGCAAGUCGAGCUGAGAUCCAGUUGAAGUUAUCAAUAGUAACAUGCCGCAUGUAUAUCCACAUACAUGCGCACACGUCUGCUGUUACCGUUGAAAACUUGCAUAUAUACUGCUCCUGUAUAUGUAGAAUGUAAAGGCACAUACAAGCGAGAAAAAGGCAAAGAGAGACCUUUCCAUUGUCGCCCUGACUGCUGAUGCCCCGCCUUUGGUGGCUGUGUCAAACCUGGCGCCCAGCUAAAACUAACAAAAGCGAGUCCUAAGCUUCCACUCACUCCAAUUAAGGCGGACUUCAACUACUCUCUUACGUGUUCAUCCACUACCAUCGACGCUGAGACAGGAGGGACAGAGGGCAACAGGAAAAAAGAGGGGGAGAGAGAGAGGGAGAGAGAGAGAUUGCUGUUUAGUUUUCCUCUUUCCUGCUGCAGAACAAUGUCGAUGAGCCCAAAACAUACGACUCCUUUUUCUGUUUCCGAUAUCUUGAGUCCCCUUGAGGAGUGUUACAAGAAAGUAAGUAUGGAAGGUAACAGCUUGGGGGCUUCAAUCGCCGCUUACCGACAGCCACAGGUCUCACAGGCGGCAAUGCAACAACACUACAUGGGGCACAACGGGACAGUGUCCGCCACUUACCAUAUGACGGCUGCUGGGGUAUCUCAGCUGUCGCACACCGCAGUGGGGGGCUACUGUGGCAGCAAUUUGGGAAACAUGACCGAACUUCCGCCUUACCAAGACACCAUGAGAAACAGCACCACGGCCGCUGGCUGGUAUGGAGCCAGCCCAGAUCCGCGCUUUUCUUCAAUCUCUCGCUUUAUGGGUUCGUCGUCGGGCAUGAACAUGGGCAGUAUGGGCAGUCUUGGCUCCCUGGCGGAUGUAGGCAAAAGCAUAGGGCCCUUACCGAGCACCCCACGGAGGAAGCGCCGGGUGCUCUUCUCCCAGGCUCAGGUGUACGAACUGGAGCGGCGGUUCAAGCAACAGAAAUAUCUGUCAGCGCCGGAGCGGGAACAUUUGGCUACUAUGAUCCACCUCACUCCGACACAGGUGAAAAUAUGGUUCCAAAACCACCGGUAUAAGAUGAAGCGACAAGCUAAAGACAAAGCGUCCCAGCAUCAAAUGCAGCAGGACUCGGGCUCCUGUCAGCAGCAGCAGUCGCCCCGCCGAGUGGCAGUGCCCGUCCUGGUGAAAGACGGAAAGCCGUGCCAGGCUGGUAACCAGACCUCAACAGCGGCCAUACAGAGCCACCAUCAGGAGGUCAGCAGCGUUAUGGCCAUAUCCAUGAACAGCUCGGCGAUGAGCCAACAUCAUGAGCAACAGGCUAGCAGCUCGGAACACUCUCCGGAACUGGCCCAUCACUCCAGCAGCCCGUCCUCCCUGCAGACCCAGGUGUCUGGUCUUUCUCACCUCAGCUCCGUUAGUUCUGAGUACGGCUCGGCAGUGCCAUGCUCGGCUCUACUGUACGGACGGACAUGGUGAACAAUCAUGAUGAUCAAAAUAUAUCAGAGACAGAGAUUGUUGCACAUUCGGGCACCAGAGACUACACAUUCCCACUCUGAGAGUCUGCAUUUUGUGAAGAAACAGAAGGAUUAAUCUUAAACUGGAUUUACGUAUAGAAACUGGUCGAAUCAAGACAUAGUGAAUAUGUAUUUAAUAUGAACGCACCUCGAAGUGAAAUGAAACCUAUUUAUAUAAAUGAGCUCGAGGACUGAAACCCCUUUUCGAAAAUAUUUUGUUUUAAAGGUUUCUGCACCUCGAAGCCUGAGUAUCUCAGUGGAAUACCCGUUGAAAUAUAUUUCUGAGGAUCUGGUGAGAUCCAACAAGAAGAAAAAUUCGCGCCGAACCGGUUGGGGAUUUUGCUUGUUGGGAAAUGAUAGUUUUCAUUUUCGAAAGUUCAAUGUCAAGCGUAAUUUCUAUCAUUUCUGUCAAUGGUCUGAAUUAUUUGUUAGAAUCAUAAUGUAGAAAAGGUUUCAUCGAUAUUAUUAAGGGUUGGUUGUAUUUUAUUGUUAUUUGAUCGCGUGUUUUGUUCUUAUGUAACUUAUAUAGGUAUUUGCCAUAAAACAGUAAUACAAUCCUAUUAAAUAAAUUAUUAAAAUAA